AUGUCUCUCUAUCCCGUGGAACACUUCACUCGGUCGCGAAGCUCAACACCACCCUCAACCUCGUCUAGCAGUCGGUCGUCUGCAGAAAGUAGUCCCAUACCAGAGCGCUAUCAACUGCCUCAUCGGCCGGGUUCUCCGCCGCUCACGCUGCCAUCUUUGCGCGACGUCCUCAAGGAAAACGGCAUACAACCGGGUCACGACUCCGGUCGACGCGGUAUACCCGGCGAUCGAGAGGAAGCGCGUGCAGCGACUUUGCUUCGUACCUUGGAAGCCGCGAAUCCAUCGAGGUAUCGGUUUGAGGCUCCGCCGCCGUCGGCCUAUCCAUCGUACUACCACCCCAGAGCUUACCCGCCACCACCUUCAAAUCAUGCCGUCUAUCGUAGAGAGCCCGCCCGGCCUUACUCAUCUGAUGGAGAGGUCUCUUUUGGGCCAGCGCGAUCUUCAACGGACUCGCUAGACCGACCCAUUUCAUCUCAUUACGCGUCGGAUAGCCAACGGCGUCGUGGACCAUCGGACUUUGCCUCUACUCGGCCGGACACCCGAAGAUCACGCUCUUACUCCGACCCGCGUGUGCAUGCAACAGCAUCGAGUCUAGGCAAGCGCGGUCAUAUGGAGCAUCAGUAUGAGCGGCCACCCUCGACAGUACAGCCCGCCUCCGACGACGACGAUGACGAGGAACCUAACGAUGCGCCAUAUAACGAGGACUGUGUGGUAUAUCGGGUUCAGGAGUUCGAUCAGGGCCCCGGCAAAGAACCUCGCAAGGCGUUCUUCAACCGUAAAGGCGUGAAGCUGGAGAUCAUCAAGAUUGAGGUCAAGAUCGACGACAGGAAGUAUCUUCAGUACGCCGAACCGGUCCCAAGCGAUCCUACCCGAUGGCGCUGCAUCUGCAACAAGAUGGAGAACGGCAAGCCUGCACGGUGUAGCUACAGGUCCAAGAAACAUCUCGUCAAGCGCCACAUUGAGGCAACGCACAUGAACAUCAAGCGCUUCCAGUGCAGUUGGUGUGGCAGCACAUUCACGCAGCGUAGCAACGCGGAGAACUGUCACAUCAACACGCAUUCUGGCGAGAGCCCUCACGCCUGUGCUCAUUGCGACUUGCGUUUCAAGGAUCCGUCGAAGCUGCACAAGCACCUCUCGCGCGAUCACAGCGAAGAGGUUCGCCUCAAGCGGCAACGACGGGAUGCGGCGCGAUACUCUUCUCAGCACGACUUCGAUCCCCAGACCGUCUAG